AUGGUGCGUUUCGUUUCGAUAUUAAGUUUGCUUGGCUGUGCGGCGGCACUUGUCAUAGCUCAUGGUGACAUGGAUAUGGACACGGAUAUGAGACCAUUCGCAUCUGUUGCUGUCUCACCCACGGCAUCGAUUGUUCCUGUGGCGCAUGAACCAAAACAUCUGCAUGGUGUUCCUAUUCUGCAAUCGCCUUCACUUACCCCCGCGGAAAGAUUAUACUGGGAAAGCUACAACACUACGACCUAUUUUACGACACAAGCUGGAAACAGGGGUGCCCUUCGUUUCCACAUUAUCACGCUGGUUCUUAUUGCAUUCGUGCUCUACCCGGUGUCUCUGGCGCUAAGCGCGGCCUCUUCCAAGUGGUACUUGCCCCUGUUGUUGGUUAACCUAUGCAUAUGUAUUUCGUCCGUUGUGGCACUUUCAGUGUUUAAAAGCUCCUUCCCAGAAGAUGAAUGGUAUGCACACAAUAUCUACGGCACGACCUCGGGGCUUCUUCUCGUUCUCAUGGCUGUUCAUUUUUUUGCUGCAGUGCUCUCUGUCCCCGUCUCAUCAGAAUCGAAAAAAGACUACCAUGCCGUUGACACUAUCCCGCUGGAUGACCUUGAGUCCACACCCGUCAUAGUCAACAGCGCACGUGGCUCUCCCAGCCCUUCUUCUAAUAGAGAUACGUUGUUUUCCCUCUCUUCUGACACCACCACCAACAACAACAACAACCAGGACAACGGCAAUAUCAAUAGUAACAAGCGGGAGCACAUUGAUGGCGAGGAAGAGACUGACAGUACGUCUAACCACAACACUUUGCGUGACGAAGAUUACAAUGACGAUGAAGUUGCCUUCAUUGAAGCUCCACCUCUAUCUGCGCGAGAUAUCCCCGUUUUCCGCGUCUUGUUUGCCAAUACAAAGUACCAGGUCCUUGCCGCCCAGCUCUCAUACGCCGCUAAUGUGAUGCAUCACAUACUAAUGUACCCGUUAUUCAUGUAUAUCUUCGUAGAUCUGGUCAUUGGCUUCGCGGUGGGUAACUUGCUCGGCAAGGGUAUCCGCAUCUUCAAUCUCUUAGCCCACUGGAUCAAAGGCGGCGUGUUUUUUACCCUCGGUGUUGUUUCUCUGGCAAGAUACUGCGGUUUCGGAGCUAAAUACGGCUGGGCAUGGAACAACAUCUGCUUCACCUCUCAGCUCUCUCAAGAGCGUUCCUCGAAUCUUCUGUUCCGAUUUGCGCCCGCGGGAACUUUCACCAUGGAAUCGAUCGAAUCGUUCCUCAUCUUUUUCUAUGGGUCUACUAACAUCUUCUUGGAACACUUGGCAGGGAAUGGCGGCGCAUGGACCGCCAAGGAUCUGCAGCACGUAUCUAUUGCCUUCAUGUUCAUAGGGACUGGGCUGUGUGGACUUCUCACGGAAUACAAGCUAAACCACUGGCGAUUCGAGCAUGCUCGCAAACACUCGCACACCGAUGUGGUCGCUGCCACGCCGGGAUACUCUCCGAACCCUUUCCCGGCUUUCACCAUAUUUUGGACCGGUAUCCUCAUGUCCCAGCACGCACAGUCUUCACAAUUCUCAACUACCAUUCACACCCAGUGGGGGUACUUGCUGUCAUAUGGGUCCUUUUUCCGUCUGCUGACGUUCUUGAUCCUGUUUUUAGUGCCCAACACCAACUGCACCGCAUCCAAGCCAUUCACGGAGUUGAUUACGUCUUUCUGUCUACUUUGUGGUGGCCUCGUGUUUAUGGAGUCCACCGAUCAAUCCAUCGAAGCCAUGGAAUACAGAGGGUUCACCCCCAUGUUCACUUUCAACCUCAGUGUUGGGUUUGUGUCUCUGCUGAUGGCUUGGGAGAUGAUUUUAUUUAUUUGGAAGGACAGACUCAUUAAAACCAGAAAAACCAGUCUUUAA